AUGGUCGUAGGAGCAAAUCUCGAAGCGUACCCUCAAUAUACAACUGUUCUGAUAGCAUCGUCGUCUGGUGAACAUGAGCAGUUAGAAUCUGGCUACAGUUCUUCGAUGGCUACAUCAAACCCAGAGAGUCUUCCAAAGGUAAAACGAUCAACAACUGGACAACAAUCUAAGCAUGUCGAAACACAAUCAAGAGCUUCAGUUAGCACUCGGCAAUCAAUCUCAGCACAUCAUCAAGUAAAACAGCCAGUGGAUCCAAUCGUUAGAUAUCGUAGUCAAAACGCAACCUAUUCCUUAAUAUCAAUGGAUAUGAUGAUAUCAAAACAAUUCAAAACAAUUGAAACGAAUACUUCAAUUAAUCACAGCCGUUGUUUACGUACUCCAUCCAAAUAUCAAGAAGAGAGUACAGAUUAUUCUGAUGAUUGGGAAACUGAUUAUUCAGACGAUUUUACAUCAGAUAGCGAAAAUAGUUGGAAGCCCAUCCCGAAGAAAGCCUCUGAAUUCGUAAAUGUAUCAACACAAUAA